UUGGCUCUCGAAGCUGUUUGCAACGGGACGGUUGGCGGGACGGGAGCAGCUCGGUCACGAGGCCCUGCUCCACCAUGGACACAGCGGCCAAGGCACGGGCCAACAUGCGCUUCAGUAACUAUGCCAACUCCAUUGGCUUCGGUGAGGAGACACUGGAGAGCCUUUUUCCAGAGGGGCGGCGCCGCAUCGUUGGUAAGCAACCCGCGACGAUCAUGAAGACGCUGCGGGGGCCUUUCUCUGACUACUCGGGGCCUGCGCGUGAGAGGGUGAAGACCGGCCGCGCCACGCUGGUGCCUCGUGGUCACUACGACGUGCUGCAGCUGUCCCGCAGCAGCGGUGCCGCCCAGGUGCGCGGGGCUUUCCGUCUGCAGGCGCUGAUGACGCACCCGGACCGGGGCGGACGAACCGAGGACUUCCAUGCAGUGGCCGCUGCCUUCGAUGUCUUGUCAGACUCGGGGAAGCGAGCAGCUUACGACCAGGAGCUCGAGGAUACGGGCAACAGCGAUGGACUUACGGAAGAUGGACAUGAUUUUGCCAUGGAUGUGGAAGAGGAUGAAUCUGCCAUGGAUCUGGAGGUGAAGAUCGAGACCUGGCGAGCCAUGCGCACUGUGCUGCACAAGCUUCUGAACUCCAACCUGAAGAAGCUGAGCGAGAACCUGGCGAACCAAUCGACUCAAGUGCUCCAGGCGCUGUUCGCCUGGCUGUUGGUCGCAUGCUCCCCAAGGGCUCCGGGUGCUGGCGCCACCGACGGAGGUAAUGGAGAUGAGUCUAGCAGGUCUGGGGUUGCUGGGAUCUACAAACAGAAAGGAGGCGCCUACUCAGCGUACAUUGCCUGGGAGAAGCUUAAGCUGCGUACCUAUAAGACAUAUUCUUUGCCGGAAGUCUUGGAUUGGCAUAUCACCUUGGUUCAGCUGAAGGCCACUGCGCUGGCACGCUUGUGUCAACCGGAUGAAGAGACGGAAGAAUUUCAGGACGUUCUGCUAACAGAGGAUGAGUUAGCGCGGGCCUACCAGGCGAGCCCCACAAUGCGACUUUCCUUUUCUUCUGUGCUGAGCUAUGGCACCAAGCGAGUGGUCCUUCCCAGCACCCUCAACCUCGGUCUCGCCACAAAGAUGCAGUUCCAAGCGAGAGACAUCCUGCGCAGGUUUCGUGGAGAUGAUCUUUACAAAAAGACAGCUGCCUUGGACAAGCUGAAAGAGGAGUUCAACCGAAGGGUGGUCCGGCAGAGGAAUGAGCAACAAAAGGUGGAGAAGACUCUUCUGAACGCUGUGCAUCGCGAGCUUCACAAGCGUUCGGGAAAGCAAGGCACCGUCACCCAGGCUCCGCAGAUGGAGUCGGCCCGCGCAGAGUUGCUGAAGGCUAGAGUUCAAUGGCGCCAGCAGGCGGAGAUGGCCAUGGAGCUGCGAGAUGCUUUGGGCCUCACCCACCAGGAGACUGUGCAGGCGGUGGACACCCUGAAGACGAGCCCAGAGGUCCUGCAGAUCGCAAAGGAGUGCAUUUCUCGUGAGGUAAAGAAAAUUCAUGAAGCAGAGGUCCCCGCCCAGGCGAAGCGUGGCCGUGAGGAGUCCAAGGUUUCUGCCAGUGAAGCGAAGAAACCCAGGAACGCCCGCACGGCCCAGGCGACGGUGCCAUGCAAAGGUACGAGCCGAUGGCUCCCGAAAGGUCAAGAGGAUUUGGUGUUGAAGUGUGUGCUCCCUUUCCUCGACUUGAAGCAGCGGUGCCUGCUGGCAGCCACUAGCAGCCGUAUCCAUGGGGAGGUCGUGAAGCAGCACAAAGACUUUAAGUAUGAAAAGUCCCUCUUCAUGUGGAGCAGUGGAGCGAUUAGAAAGAAUGAGACAGAGCUGCAGCUUCUGACUCGCCGUUUGUCAAAGUUCUUGGCCGCUCAUCCCAGAAACAUCGUUGAUUUGGACCUCGGCUCAGCAUCGCUGACCAUGCUUGAGGAUAAGGCCUUGCAGCGAGCGAUCACCGGCAUGCAGAAUCUGAAAGAUGUGGUCAUUCCCAAGACUGCCACGAGCAUGCGCAACUCGAGCUUUGGACAGUGCCUGCCACGUGGCACAUCGACCUGGAGUCGUGAGGAAAAGGCAAGCAAGACGAAGACGAAGCAGGCGCAAUAGAGACAGGCGAAGGCUCCAGUGGUUGAGGGAAAUCCAGAAAACGAAUACAUGUUGGUAAGAAGCACCACAUCGUGGAGACUAUAUAGAUGAGUAGAUGACUAGAGUUUUUGGGUAGUUGUUUUCUUUACACGACCAGGUUAUGAUCAGUACUCUUCAAUGUCAAGCGACAUUUGGGAAGAGGAUCUCUGCUGCGUUCGGCUGUGUCGUUAUGUUCGUCUCGGAGCUGCGUGACAGAGCUGAGAAACCAGACCGCAGGAUCCUGCAAGACUGGUGGUCUUGGUGAUUUGAGACUUCAAGUGGUAAACGGAAUUUCCCUUUGUGCUUUUUGAUGUAUUUUGUAUAGUAAUUCUUGUCAGGAGGAUGCUUGAGUUGGAUUGUUGGUGAUGUUUUCUUGAUCCCAGUGGCUUCUUGGAUUUCCUUCAGCCACAGGAGUGUUUAAUCUGAGGGCCAAUUUAAGGCUUUGCGACUGCGUCAUGACCCGUCAUUGGCAUUGGUCGCUUUUCAACAUGGCCGAUCACAUUUCACAUGUGUUUCGAC